CAUCAACUAAUAAGCGAAAAAGAGAGAACGUCGUAAGAGAGAAUGCAUGGUCUACUGAAACCAAAUUGUCGAGACAGGCCCGUAAACGCAAAAACAAAAAACUUAGGCGUGAUCAGAAACAAGCCGAGAUGCUUCAUGAGUUGGACGUUGACAUCCCUUUGCUAAUCGAUGAUAUCGUCUUCGAUCCAUCUCGGCAUCAAAUCCAAUCCGCCACCUGA